AUGGAGGACUCAGACCUUUCAGACUAUGACAAUGAGAUGUUUUCCAUCUUUAAUGCUACGAGACAAAAACAUGAAACUGUAGACGUGAAGUCUGCUCAGGAGGCUGCAGCGCAGAGAGUGAGGACCAAGAUCCAGGAGGUGGAAGGGAUCCUUCGUCGGAUCAGUGUCACCAGCUCAGAACGGACGAGAGAAGACAGCGACGGCAGAGAUGAAGUGACGCUGGCUUCAGCAAGAAGUUCGCAAAAGACUCUACAGAAAAAAAUUCAACUCUCGUCCUGGGUGGAGUCCAGGAGUGUGAUGGUUGACGCUCUGAGCCAGAGUCUGCCCCAGGUCGUGAAGAUGGAGGAAGAAAAAGUUGAAGAUGAGGGCCACAUGAAACAAAAGCCCCUGAAUCCGCACUACUUCACCUGUGCUGCUCCAUCACCAAACUGUCUGUCAGGGAGGGCUGAGGUCCCCUCACCUCCCCUGUCUGAAGCCAGCAGCCAGGAAACUUUGUCCCCCAUCCUGUCGUCUUCUCUCCCAGCCAGGCUGUCCGUCUGGACUCAUCAGCAAAACACAGAAACUUCAGAUGCUAACAGCAUCGGGACCCACUCAGGGAAAGACUCGAUGAUUGCUUCAGAGACCGGAGGCUGUAAAAGUGUCACCAGAACCCCAGGAGGAGCAGAAAAUGACGGGAGUGAAACACGGGAGCAGUUGAGGUGGUGGACAGAUUAUCUGCUGUCUUCAGAUGAAGCUCUGCAGAGACAGGAGGAGACCUGGCAGCAGGAGGUGGAGGAGUCUCUGUCUCGAUGCAGGUCUCUGUUUCAUCCUUCCCGACCGAAACACAUCGACUUCCUGCGCAUCACUGCCGAGCAUCAGGCUGCUCUCCUGCAGCUGAAGAGAGAAUGCAAAGAUGAGCUGGAGAUGUUACAGGAGAACUACGAGCGGGAGCUCUCCACACUGAGGGAGGAAAACCAGAGCAACGUCACCCAUCUGGAGAUCCUUCUGGCUGAGCGACAGGACAAACUCUGCCAGGCUUGGACUCGGAGAGAGCAGAGGGACGUUGCCGUUUCCACAGCAGGCGACUUUUUACACAAAGCCUUCCGCACAGUUGGCGUCCAGACAGACAGACAGACCUUCAGCGAAAAUACAGAGGAAAAAGAGGAGACUGGGAAAGCUCGACUGAAGGCGGCACCAAAAACACUGGACGUGGUUUCCAUCGAUCAGACACCGACCAAGCAAAACGCUCCUUGCCCCCCUCCUCCUCCUCCUCCUCCACCCCCACCACCUCCAUCCUUGACAGGUGCCGCUCCUCCUCCACCUCCACCUCCUCCAUCCUCGUCAGGGCCUGCUCCCCCACCACCACCAGCUGGGGAUCUCAUUUUUGAUAAACCUGCAAGAAAGCCAGCGGUGGAGCCUUCCCGACCCAUGAAGCCUCUUUACUGGACCAGAAUCCAGAUCCAGGACGACAAUAACAAGUCACUGUGGAACAUCUUGGACGAACCAAGAAUAAUCAAUGCCAGCGAGUUCGAGGAUCUCUUUGCUAAAAGCGUCACAAAGACUAAAAGAAAGCCGCUGUCUGAGGCUUAUGAGAAGAAAUCCAAGGCCAGGAAGAUCAUUAAGCUGUUGGAUAGCAAGCGUUCCCAGGCCGUGGGCAUCCUCAUCUCAAGCCUGCACCUGGAGAUGAAGGACAUUCAGCUGGCUGUACUAACCGUGGAUAAUUCUGUGGUGGACCUGGAGGCCAUUGAGGCACUAUUUGAGAAUAGAGCACAGCCAGACGAGCUGGAGAAGAUCAGAAAACACUACGAGACGUCGGAGGAAGAGGAUGUUAAACUGCUGGACAAACCUGAGCAGUUCCUGUAUGAGCUGUCUCAGAUCCCUGACUUUGUGGGCAGAGCUAGUUGCAUUAUUUUCAAGUCAGCCUUCAUCGAUGGGAUUGCCACCAUUAAACGCAAGCUCAACUCUGUCUCCUCUGUAUGCAAGGUUCUGCUGGAAAGCAACAGUGUCAGGGAGGUGAUAGGACUGGUGUUGGCUCUAGGAAACCACAUGAACGGAGGCAGCAGGAUCAGAGGUCAGGCCGAUGGCUUUGGGAUGGAAAUUCUCCCCAAACUAAAGGACGUCAAAAGCAAGGACAAUCGGAUCAGCCUGGUGGACUAUGUUGUGUCAUACUACCUGCACAACGUAGACAAGCACUCUGGCACAGAUACGAGUGUGUUUCCUCUCCCUGAACCUCAGGACGUCUUUGAGGCAGCGCAAGUUAAGUUCGAUGACCUGAGCAGAGAUCUAAAACAGCUCAAAGAAGAUCUGACAAAAUGUGAGAAAAACGUACAGAAAGUCUGUUCGGACUCUCCUGAAGAGCACCUGCAGCCAUUCAAGGACAAGAUGGAGGUUUUCGUUCUCGCCGCCCAAAAGGAGCACGCAGGAGCUUCCUAUCAGCUGAUGGAGGUGCACAAAAGUUUCCAGGACCUGGUUCUGUACUUGGGGCUGAAACCCAAACCAGGAGAGAAGGAGGUGACGGCGGGACACCUCUUCAUGCUCUGGUUUGAGUUCUGCGCUGAUUUCAAGUGCAGAUGGAAGAGAGAAAACAAGAACAUCUCUAAAGAAAGGCUAAAAGACGCUCAGCUGUCAGUGAGGAGGAUCACAGGAGAGGCGAAAGUGGAGACGAGAAAGAUCAACCCCAACAGCCUGAAAGAGCGACUACGUCAGAAAGAAGCCGUCGUGCCUGCAAUUUAAGGAACUCUGGAGUUAAAAACGAGAACUUCUGCAUCAACCCAAAGAAAUG